AUGGACAACCUGAAGCCUUCGCAGCUUGUUUUCCAGUCCGUCUUCACUCGGCGGUGUAUCAUUGCAUCUUACUGGCUUGUCGUUCUCCUGGCAUUGCCUCUCUGGUGGACAACAACAAGUAUCGACAGAUUGUCUUUACCGGCUUCGCGUGUCGUCGCCCAGCAGAGCCGCGAGCUGGUCUUUCCUGUGGAUGUACAACUCGACUUGUCCGCUUUUGACAAGAACGUCAACUCUACAGCGUUAAAACAAGGCGUACAGCAGCUGCUGCGGGAAUUAGAUGUACAGCAGUCGGGAGGACUUUGUAUCCACAUCAAUCCAGAGAAACACUCUGAUGGUGCGUACCAGGUAGUACUUCGACAUGGAAAUGAAGAUCCCACUGUGGAAGGUAGGCGACUGUUGUAUGAGAUACCUGAGACAAUGUCAAGUCUCGCGGCCAUGCAAUUGGCCGAUACACUGGCAACGCUGUUAGUACCGUACACCACUCUACGCAGUCCCCGGCAUGAGGCGGAGCACAUCGUGAAAUAUUCACCUCGAUACCGUCUUGCAUUCACUUUGUUGAACCAGGACGCCGCAACCGGGAUAGGUGCUCUAAGCUGGGAUGUUCGUGAAUCGAUAUCUAAACACAUUGCCCCCACUUUGGAGAAACUCUCUUUAUUGCAUAACUUCACCGUGGAAAGCCAAAUACAGUUCCACGCUCCUCUGGCCUUUCGACCGCGAUCUGUGCUCGUAGACGACAAGGAAGAAUUUGCAUUGACACAAGAGGAUCUCACUGUCUUCAUCAACUCGGCAGAAUGGACUCUGUCCUCGAGUGUGUCCAAUGACCCAGUGUUACACCUUAUCUUAUUUAUUCCUUCCGCGACCAGCACACCGUUGCAUAUUCUCAGCCGUGACGGAUCUAUCUCAGCUUCGAACGCCUUCAUCCUCCCACAAUGGGGCGGCAUCGUCAUCAUGAAUCUGCCAUCCUCAACUCCAGGACCGUCCCACCUGCCAGCAUCCACCCUCGACAGCGUCUUCGCCAUCUUUCGCUACCAGCUGACGACUCUGCUGGGCGUGCCUCCGCUGCCGGCGCACAUCCACUGCAACGAUUCCGAGACAUUCUCGGACUGGCAGCUCGACGCUCUGCUCCGCAGACGCGCCGUCGAAAACGAGAAAGGCAGCAAGGAGACGCUGAAGAGCAUCAUCAGCCUGGUCGCACAGAUCGAGAAUAUGCCUGUGGGCCAGGAUGUCAAGGGCGAUGUGCAAGGGGCGAUCUCUGCUUUGGAUGAGAUGUACUCGGCGGCGGCGGCGGCGUCAUCGUCCGCGCUCGCUCUCAGCUACUCCAGCAAAGCGUUCACCCUCGCCUCUCGUGCGUUCUUCAACCCCGGGAUGCUGGCGCUGCUGUAUUUCCCUGCAGAACACAAGUACGCUGUAUAUACCCCGCUCUUCGCUUCGGUAGCUGCUCCGCUCGUCGCUGCGUUGGUCAGAGAGUUCAUGGCGUGGAAGCGGUCGCGCAAAGCUUCGGCCGACGAGUCAGGGUCAAGUAGGGCGGUUAACGAUUCUGAGAGUGCAGAUAUGAAAAGAGUUGAAUGA